AUGCGCCCUCAUGGGCUCCUUCUGGCCAUCCUCUCCAGUGUUGCCGUCGCGUCAUCGGUGAAGCCGGAAGUGGAUGUUGACAACAACGCACUCCUCGAACGGCGAGGCUUGAUCGGCGGUCUGCUCAAAGACCUCACACUGGUCACAAGCACGAUCCUCCCCACUACAAUUUCCGCCGCCAUCGGAAGCCUCUCCAACAUAGCAGCACUACAACCAACCAGCCUCAUCGAUCUUGCCACGAAUCUGGUCGAGGCUGGGCUGGCAGCUGAUAAGCUCGCUGAUGUGAUCGACUUCGUGCAAGGUUUUGCGGGGGAGGAGAAUAGUAUGAAUAACACCAAUGAACGCGAGCCUGAGUCUUCGAUUUAUCCGUUAGCGGGCUCUGAGGAUGCCCCGUACUCCAUUCCAGAAGCACAGUUACGUGCUGCCAUCCAUAUCCCCGCCACGUUCAGGUAUGGCGAUGGGGUGCAGCCGAUUGUGCUUGUGCCUGGUACGGGGAAUACUGGGUAUACUUCUUUUGCUGGCAAUUUUAUUCCGUUGCUUGUUAAUUCGAGUGUCGCGGAUCCGGUCUGGUUGAACAUACCAGGCUACCUCAACGGCGACUCUCAGCUCAAUGCAGAGUACGUCGCCUACGCAAUCAAUUACAUCUCAUCCAUCACUAACCAGAAAAUCGCCGUCGGCGCCUGGUCGCAGGGAGGUUUCAUCACGCAGUGGGCCACGAAGUACUGGCCAUCGAUCCGGAGCCAGAUCACCGACAUUGUAGCCUUCUCUCCAGACUACAAGGGAACGACGAUAUCCAAUCUGAUAACGAAUCUUGACGUUCCGUUCCCGAGAUCUUACUACCAGCAGGCAUUCAACUCGAGCUUCGUCAGUGCUUUGCGAGCUGGCGGAGGGGAUUCGGCGUAUGUGCCGACAACUACGGUGCAUUCGGGCCUCUUUGAUGUUAUUGUUCAGCCGCAGUCGGGGACGGAGGCUUCGGCGUUUUUGCGGGAUGAGAGGGGUGUUGGGGUGAGUAGCCAUGAAGUUCAGGAGAUAUGUUCUGGUCAGCCGGCGGGAGGGUAUUAUGGUCAUGCUGGCGUACUCUACAAUCUGAUCACGUAUGCGCUCCUCGUGGACGCUCUGUCACAUGAGGGUCCUGGGAGGGUCGAGAGGAUCUCGGAGGAUGUGUGCGAGGACUACCUCACGGCUGGAUUGAAUCUUGCAAGUCUGAAGUUGACGGAGAAUGCGAUCGUUCUCUCGGCUGUGACGCUUUUGUUGGAAGGAGGACCUCCCGUGACUGGAGAGCCAACCGUUCGAGAUUACGCGCUCUAA